UCCAAUUCAGAGUGGCGUGAACAGAGAGGUGAUCAACUCUUGACUUGGCAGAGGAGUAUGAAGGAGAUCACGAAACGCUUGGGUGCUGUUGGUGCUACUCGCCUUCCAGGAUGGGGACCACGUGAUCCUCACUGCGCCUGGUCGGGGACGCUGCAAGUCCCUUCCCUGUCCACCUUUAUUCUUUCCUUUAUAAUAAGGCUUUCAAAUAAAUCAUGGUUGUACGGUAGUGAAGCACCGGUUUUGAACACUGAUGUCAUGCUGUCAAUGAUGAUGACACUGAGAAAGGAAGCAAUACGUCCGUAUUACUGUUCAGUUGGAACCGGCAAGGCCUAUGGUCGUGAUAUACCCGAAGCACACUAUCGGGCGUGUAUGUACGCCGGUGUGAAGAUUGCAGGAACGAAUGCGGAAGUUAUGCCAUCUCAG